AUGAGUUUUCUUGUCAGCUUCAUCUGCUGGAGGCUCCCUAUUAAGAUUUUGAAAUCAGGGAUUACCCUUUUUAAUUUGGAAGCAGGCGAGCAAAGAUCAGGUAGGCGGCGUCCACUGCACACUUGUGGAGCCUCACUUUUCGCCGUUGCUGAAAAAACGUGCACUAAAGUACAAGAUCUGGACGGGCCUUUAGGAUCAACGGCGAGUAGGGCAGCCUCGUUCAUGAAUCAGUUCCUUCCCUUUAUACACACCUUGCUGUGCCCGUUUCUGACAAUCCUAUCCUACCUAGACGACCGUAUCCUCAGUUUCGAAACCAAAGUUGAGGCGAUAUUCCCACGGUCGGCAUGCUUGUUCGACAAAAUCGACACCCUGGUUUGCCGCUCAGAAGCCUUACCCGAACAAAUUGAUGGUGUUCUGGCAAAAAUUGCCUUGAUAAUACUGCACCACUUCCCAUUCCUCCACUACUGCCUUGUCACGAGGGAAAAGGAGACAAAGCCGGUUGUUGACGAGACAAGUAGCAACAUUGUAGAGUUGAGGAAGUCGUACCAUGUCGAGCCGUCCAAUGAAAUGGCUAACUCUGACGAGGUCAAUUGGAAAUCGGUCAACAGAAUAAAGAUAGUGGACGACCCCUCGGAUUCUCCAAUGUACAGUUCUUAUCUUUCCGCAAACUCGUCACCUGUAUCGGACUGCUCGGAAAGCGAGAUUACACAUUUGGGCCGAACGGGAAAGUCGGACCAUAGUAUGAGUUACAGUUAUAAAGAAAUGCUGGAGAGGGGACAUAAAGAAGUUCAUGAGAAGGGGGGACCAAAGGGUUCAGAUGGUUUGGAAGAACAGCAAUGA